AUCCCUUUGUUUUUCAUCGAAAUCCGGUAUUAAUUAAAAAAUGAAUCAUUUAAUAACGCAAUAAAUUUGCUCAAGGAAAUAACCAGAUGACCUGAUUGUUGAUUUGUAUCUAAAAUUUUAUUUAUUAAAAAUGGAAGCAGAGGCAAGACGUAGCAGUAUGACAUUACAACAAUAUCAACAAGCAACAAAUGAAGAUAAAAAUAAUCUUAAUAACGGAUUUGGUCAUUAUAAUAAUAAUAAUCAUCAUCAUCAUCGUUUCAAUCCUCAUCAAAAUCGCUGCAAUCCAACAUCAAAAAAACGAUCAUCUUCCUCGACAUCAACCAUAUCUCUAAAUUUGUCAAAUCAACAUCGAUCCUGUGAAUCGAUUAACAAUCAUCAUCAAAUCCAAAGUUCCUCAAACUCUAACACCAGAUCUGCGUUUUAUUCAAUGUGGAAUACAGUAAAAUAUGAAUUCAAUCACCGAUUUCGGAAUAAAUUUAAUUUCAAUUCACCAAUAUGUGUUCUUGGUCAAUUGUACUAUAGCAAAAUGUCUGAUUCUGUAAGCCUAUCGGAUGAACAAAGUUCGAAUCUCUAUGCAUAUGAUAAAUUCAAAAAAGAUUUUUACAGUCGUAUAUGGCUAACAUAUCGACGUGAUUUUCCUCCAUUACUGCAAACACCGAUUACCACCGAUAAUGGUUGGGGUUGUAUGAUCCGUUCGGGUCAAAUGAUAAUGGCACAAGCUUUUCUUACACAUUUUCAUGGUCGUAAUUGGCGAUGGGAAGGACAAGAUGAUCUAAUACAUCGAAUGAUAAUUAAAUGGUUUGCCGAUGUGCCAGAUCGAUCUACAAGUCCAUUUUCUAUACAUGAAAUCAUACGACAAGGGCAACUUUUGUUUGGUAAGAAUCCAGGAGAUUGGUUUGGUCCUGCAUCCAUAUCGAUCAUAAUGAAAAACCUGUUGGAAGAUGCCGCCAAAGAUAAUUCAUUGCUAAGUGAUAUUUGUUGUUUGAUUGCACAGGAUUGCACCGUUUAUUUACAGGACGUUGUAGACUUGUGUCAGAAUGAAAAUAUACGUUCGAAUUCGAAAGCAAUUCUUGAUGAUGAUUCGAAUGAUCAAUGGCGUAGCAUAAUAAUAUUGAUACCUGUACGUUUAGGUGGUGAUGAAUUCAAUAAAUUUUAUUCACCAUAUUUGAAACAAAUAUUAUCAUUAUCUUCAUGUUUGGGCAUAAUCGGUGGUAAACCACGGCAUUCAUUAUAUUUUGUGGGCUAUCAAGAUGACAAAUUACUUGCUAUCGAUCCACAUUAUUGUCAGAAAAGUAUUGAUGUUGGUUCAAGAACAAAUUUUCCAUUAGAAAGUUAUCAUUGCAUAUCACCAAGACGAAUUUCUUUAACAUCAAUUGAUCCAAGCUGUACGAUAGGUUUCUAUUUAAAAACUAAACAAGAUUAUGAUGAAUUUAUAAAUUUUUCUCAACAAAUGCUUGAUCAUUCAUAUAAAAGUGGUGGUUAUCCAAUAUAUUCAUUGGAAUCAAAUCGAUAUGAAUAUCAGAUGAAUGAACCAUCAUCAUCAUCAAUGGAUCGAAUAUUACGAAUGGAAUAUAGACUUGUUGAUCGUCAUGGAAAUGUACAGAAAUUAUCAUCCGAAGAUUUUGUUGUAUUAUAAUAAAAAGCGAAAGUAAAAAGCAAAUCAUCGUGAUAGAAUAAUAU